GCCGGCAAACGUAUUUAUUUUAGGCCCCGCCAGCGCCCGGCUCAGUCGCUCAUUUCUCCUCCGACAGUGUGCCAGUGUUUGUGAAUUUUGAACUUUACCAGUAAAAAAAUAAAACACAAUGUCCGCGUCCCCUAUUGCGAGGCAAGCGACGCACAGCCAGUCAAUCCCGACGAGGCGGGUGCUGAUCUCGGACCCGGCGCAGAUGCCUGAUGUUUAUUCCAGCACGCCUGGAGGCACCAUAUAUUCUACUACCCCUGGAGGCACCAGGAUAGUCUACGAAAGGUCUUUCAUGUUGUCUCUGCGGCAGUCUCCAAUCUCUCAGACGCCGCCGAAAUGCUCGCUACCAGCCGCCAUGUUGAAAAACCCCGGCGCUGGCAACGUCUCAGUGUUGCCAACACAGAAAAAUACCCGCUCGAAUUCCAUCUCGUUCGACGAGUCACAGGAAACGUUUAGCAUGGAUCUCUAGAAGCUUAUAUUAAGUUUCUAAACUUUUAAAAGUUAUGACUUUUAAACUCGAUGUAAUUUUAUUUGAAGCGUCGUAAUUCCUAUAAGAUUGUGUCGUGUGGAAGAGGCAUAAGAGACCUCAUAUACUAAGCAAGCAAAAUCACAAUAGCUCAAUUGUCAGGCACAGUUGAGGUUAUUGUUUUCGCGCACAAAUGGAUAACACGAACAUGUAACUUCAAUUACAUAUUCAGGGAGUCUCCUGUUUUGCUAAGAAUAUGGAGUCAUAGAUAAGUAAUUAUGUAUUUGCAGUUUACGCCUUUGCAGCAGGCUUUCAUUAUUGUCUUUGGCGAUUGCAGAGGUUGUAAAGCAUUUGUAAUUUCUGCAAAUGUGGCUUGCUGUGACAAAUUUUAAAGGUUUUUAAUAUCAAUACAUUAGUUUUAAGAUUUUAAACAUAGUUCUUUAAGCGUGACUGAACCGUUGGUAGUGCGUUCAAAACGCAAUCCAUUGCCAUUUUCAUUACAUUUAUUUAAAUGGCAAAGGUGUUUUGUAAAUAGUAUCAGAUGGCGUAAGACGCAUAAAUUAGUAAUCGACUAGUUUAUAGAAUAGUAAAACAGCAAGUGCCAUUGAAUAGAAGUUAAUUAGUUUAUAAUUUACUUCUGAAGUGGUGUUGCGAACAUUUAGACUGCGUUCUCAAUAUACUUAUAAUGCGAUGUGUAUUUAUUAAUUCAACAAUGAUUUAUUUAAAAAUCUGUGUCUUGUGACCUUACUACUCGUAUUUUAGUAAAUUUAUAGGUAUUAUUUGUCGCUGAUUUUGAUCCUUCAUCAGAGGUAUUCAUUUGCGGUAGGGCUACCGCAAAUUUCGUUAUUUGCCUCUCUAUCACUCUUGCAUAUUUGAGCGAAAGAGAGAUAGAGAACAAAAUUUAGUUUUUCGUUUGUAGCAGUAGGGCCCUACCUCAAAGAUUAUUAAAAGACUUAAAGGUUAUUAAAAGACGCGACCCCAAACUAUUGCUCCCAGUUCACUGUGUAUGAUGAGACGACAGCAAAGUAUUGUUGAUUUUGCUAUCACUCAUGAUGAAAAGGGUAACUCUGUUUGGAGAUGCCGUACAAAGUGACUCUUUUAAUUUCUCGUGAAUUUAGAUUAGUUAAGGCUUGAAUAUGACAAAUCUUGUUAAUUGUUGUUCCAAAGCAUUUAAUACAUUGUAAACACAUAUUGUAAAUAUAAUAUUCUGUUAAUGAUAAAAUUUAUUUGGCUGAAAUUUAUUACUCGGCUUCUACUGAGACAAUUUGAUAUUACAAAUUUCAUUGACUGCCAAUUUUUUAAUAAAGUUGAUAUUAUGAGUA